UUGUAUGUCGAGAAGACAAAGGCAAAAGCUUAUUAAUAAUGAAAAUGAUAACCCGUCUGAUAAUUAUGAAUGUAAAUUUAAUGAAUCCCCAUAAAGACUUUGUUAAGAAAGAAGAGCAUAAUAAUGUUUAGAAUAAAUCAGUUCUCAAUUUCUCUUAUCAAAUACCUUUGAUAUUUAUGCUGGAUGGAAUGAAAAAGAAGAGAAGCCUUAUAAAAACUAUCCUAGACCAGUUUAAUCAUAAAAAUCUACAUUAGACUCAUCUUUUCGAAUUAGAAGCCAAAUAAGAACUGCUACUCCUAAUUAACGUAGAUCAAAACGAACUCAAUCUCAUAUGAAAGAAACUAAAAUUUUAUUAGACAUUUGUCCAAAGGAAUGUUUCAAUUAUCCUAUUCCACCCUUUAAAACAAAAUAAUUUUCUUAAAAAGAAUAAAUUAAAUAUUUUCAAGGUUUUUAUGAUAAAGAUGAGAAAUCAUAUGAUUGGAUGAGUAAUUUACUAUAAGUUAGGAAAAUUAAAAGAUGAUA